AUGUCUGUCUGCCGACCCACAACAAAACGUCAUAUACACGCGACGGCGGAGCUCCGUACGGUGACUGCUGUCUUCCUGUAGUUCAGACUACUCGCAGCUUCUUUUUUUUAAAUUUUUUUAAAUAAAGCAACUUGAACUCAGAGCAACAUGUCGACUGCCAUGAACUUCGGCUCGAAGGCUUUUAAACCUCGGCCCCCGGAUAAAGGCUCUUUCCCCCUGGAUCACUUCGGGGAGUGCAAGGCCUUCAAGGAGACGUUCAUGAAGUGUCUGCGAGACAACAGCUUCGACAACUCCCAGUGCCGGCUGCAGUCCAAAGACUACCUGGAGUGCCGCAUGCAGCAUCAGCUGAUGGCCAAGGAGCCUCUGGAGAAACUGGGAUUCAAGGACCUGAUGGAUCCUCCGCCCAGCCGAGCGGACGGAGACGCCAAACCCUGACCUGCUCACGCCACGGCUGCUGUUUCAGAAACUCGUUCCUCUGAACUGAACGUAUCCGACGUUUUGUCGGGGAUAAGACGACAACACGAGUCCUUUAAAAAAAAAAGAAAAAAAAAGAAAAAGCAUUUUAAAGGCAACGCCAGCUGUGAGUCUGACACUGAGAAGAAUGACUGCAGGAGGACACUGUGGUCUGCAUUGGGGCCUUAGUUUGAGGUCAUACAGUACAAUGGAAUUUAUCAAACACUUGUGUACAUAAGAGAGAAAUGUAUAAUAUAUAGAGCUGUUGUACUGGCAUGUCAGUAAAUCCUUUGUAUUUAAACUAAACUGUGCAUCGACUGAC